ACAGCAGACAGCUACUUGAAAUUCGAUGUUUUUAUGCAUGCAGAUACUUUGAGAGUAAUGUAAUGUGUUGUGCGCGUGAUAUGAUCUACAUCUGUUUUAAAAUUAGUGCUCGGGUGUUAGUGUACAGUUUUGCAACCACAGCAAAUGAAUUAAUUUUAUGCGAUAAAAGCGUUUCGUAUUUGUAAAAGUGCUAAAAACGACUGUAAGGGGAAUGGCAGAACUAAAUAUUUUAAAUCGUAAUAAAAGUGCUUAUCGAGAGAUGAAAUAUACUGAAUAAUCUUGCAUGAAUCGAUGGACAGCAGAUUUUUGGAGGCAGGUGCUCCCCCAUGACACACAAACGUUUAUAGUACCGGUAAAUAUGUAUCGUUAUCAAGAUCUAAUCUCGCCGGAUACUUCUAUUUCGUCGGGUAAUGACACAGGAAUUCCGACCUCUCCCUCUGUUUACGGUCGUGUACGGUCAUGGUUACUCCAAGGCCAAUGCAGUGCACCACCAGAGUUAUACCACGGCCUGAGCAUUCAUAAGAAGGUAGAGAAUGUGCGAAUGCUGGACCGCUACAAUGCCCGAAAACCAUCAAUAGGAACCUUGUACCUUACUGCAACACAUCUUAUAUUUGUAGAUCCUGAUGGCAAGAAGGAAACAUGGAUUCUUCACAUGCAUAUAGCAAGCGUUGAGAAAUUACCAUUGACGACAACAGGCUCUCCACUUCAGAUAAGGUGUAAGACAUUCCUGUCUGUAACAUUUGUGAUUCCAAAGGAACGGGACUGCCAUGAAGUGUUUGUGACACUCCAGCAGCUGGCCCAACCAGUACACAUUGAAGACCUGUAUUGCUUUCACUACACAUCAAGUACUGAGGACAUUCCUAAACCAGCUGGCUGGAACUUUUUUGACCUGCAAUCGGAAUAUCAGCGUAUGAGAGUUCCUAGUGAUCAAUGGAGUCUUACUUUACUUAAUAAAGAUUAUGAGUUGUGCGACACAUAUCCAAGAUAUUUGUAUGUCCCUUCGUCAGCUUCAACUACUGUGCUUCUUGGCAGUUCCCGCUUCCGAAGCAAAGGCAGACUUCCAGUUCUGUCUUACCUUCACAGAAAUAAGGCAGCAAUAUGUCGUUGCAGCCAGCCCCUUUCAGGGUUCAGUGCGCGAUGUUUGGAGGAUGAACAGAUGUUAAAUUGUGUUCUGAGGACCAAUCCGGAUAAUAGUUUCAUGUAUGUUGUGGACACCCGGCCUCGGAUAAAUGCCAUGGCAAACCGUGCUACUGGGAAAGGUUAUGAGAAUGAAAACUUCUAUGAAAAUAUCAAGUUUCACUUCCUUGGCAUUGAAAACAUUCAUGUAAUGCGUAGCAGCUUAGCAAAGUUGAUUGAAACUUGUGAGCUGAAAUCUCCCUCCAUGAGUAAUUUUCUGGGAGGUUUGGAGUCAAGUGGUUGGCUUCGACACAUCAAAUCCAUUCUAGAGACAUCGUGGUUCAUAGCACAGGCUGUUGAUGAAAAGGAAACAAGUGUAGUGGUACACUGUUCAGACGGGUGGGACCGUACUACACAAGUGUGCUCUCUGGGAAGCCUCUUCCUGGACCCUUACUAUAGAACCAUACAAGGAUUUCAGGCUCUGAUAGAGAAGGACUGGCUGGCAUUUGGCCACAAGUUCAGUGAGCGAUGUGGUCACGUGGCAGGGGACCCAAAGGAGGUGUCACCAGUAUUCACACAGUUCAUUGACUGCAUCUGGCAAUUAACACAACAAUUUCCAGCCACCUUCCAGUUUAAUGAAAGGUUUUUACUCACAUUGCAUGACCAUGUUCAGUCAUGUCAGUUUGGUACUUUCAUCGGCAACUGUGAGAAGGAUCGAAUUGACCUUAGGUUAAAUGAGCGAACUUUCUCCCUCUGGGGUUACAUGGCAAACCACAUGAAUGAGUAUAUCAAUCCAUUAUAUUCUACAUUAGCUACCCCAGAUAUACUUAUGCCCAAUAUUGCACCCCAGAACAUCAAGUUCUGGCGUGGGAUGUACUGCCGUUUUGAGAGCGGUGUCCAUCCUCGAGAACCUUUAGGAGACUUGUUGCUAGCUACAUGUGAUCACAGUUCUUCACUUGAGGACCAUAUACGCCUGCUGACAAAGAGAAUAAACUUCUUGAAACAGCAAUUGGCUGACUGUAAAGACAAUAAAAGAAAUUUUCCUGCUGUGCCUAUAGAUGGCACCAUUGACAACAUUAAAGGCAUGAUGUUGGAUAACAAAUAUCUGUAUGAGAAGUGCAGAGAAGAUGGUAUAACUCCAGGAAAUUUGGUACAACUUAAAAUAAGUCAUGCCUCCAAUAAUGGGUUGCCAGGAGAUUCCACAAAGUUGAGUAGUAAUGCAGCAGAUGUUCUGAGCGUGGAUCAGUUGGCAGCAGAAUUGGGAUCUGUUGCCCUUGAUUGGAAAACACUCCGGAAUAUUAGGGAAUGUGUAUGUUCUACACCUUUUGACCACUUCAGUAGGAAGUACCACUGCUGGAAAUGUGGAGAAGUUUUUUGCACACGUUGUAUUGAUAAGCAUACUCCUCUCCCUGGACAUCUCUCACAGCGUGCUGUGCCUGUUUGUCGGCCAUGUUUCCGUGAGAUCCGGCAUUCAGGUUCAAUUGAGUCUCCCUGAGAUGCCAGGAAGCAGGUGCAACACUCAGCCAGCCUUAUAUCCAGCCUGCUAUGACAGUAGGUUGGUUUUAUUGCUGCCUUUUUCACAUCUUCACAGGGAUAUGGCACAAAAUGAUUCUGUGCAUUAUGUCUGCUUCAUAGCUCCAACACAUCACCACCAGUACCUGCUUUGCCAAGCAUCAGUGAGUGUGAAGUCAGACUAGUUUUGACUUCCAACAUAAGGUAUUAAAAUCUCUGAGUUUUUGUUAUUGGUUUGUCAGUUCCAGGUUGUUAAGUUACACCAGUCAUAGAAAGGUUUAAUGGGUUUCGUUGGGUACCAUUUUCUAGGCUUGUUGUUUAAGUAAAGUGACUUUUGUUAAAAGUUAAUAUAAAUUGCAGAUAAUGUUAACAAAAAUGGAAUAGCUACUAAGGUGUGCUCUGUAAACAAAAUUCAAAAUAGUGUUUAUCAUAAAAUAUGGCAAAGUUAGUUCAUGUGAUGAAAUUUGGAAUUUGAGAAAGGAACCAUUUAGUGAUGCUAAUAAUAUGCUUGUCUGGGCACUAGGUUCAAGGACUUCUGUUCUGGUCAGUGUUCCAGCUCUCCUGUCUUCCUGCAAAUAAAAUACAGCACCGUAAAAUAAAAUUUUAAUGAUGUGGUAAAGUUGUCCCUGUGCUUAAUUAAGCACAAGCGAUUGUAGGUAUAGUUCCAUGCAUCUUCACCUCAGUGCUAAAUGGAGGUGACUGAUAGCUGCAUGUCCUAUCCACUUUACCCUGGGAAAGGAACCCCCAGUAUCCAAUGGGUAUGAGGCUGAGCCGGUCUGAGGGUCACAGUGUUUUAAUGACAUGGUCCAUUGUAAAUUAUAGAAGUCUCAUGACCCACAUAUAUAUUAAUACGGUUUGUGAAUCAGGUUGUUUCUUUUCCCAUUUUUUGAAAUAUAUCUUGCAAUAAAAAUUGUGUGUUUCCUCCUCACUUGACCAAAUAAUGACCAUACCUCCUAGUAUAUAAAAUGUGCAAUAGUUUGUGAAGGAGACUGAGGCAUAUUGUAACUGUUAUGUAUUCAUUUAUGAGAGUCGGGAAGUAUCAAUAGAGUGCAUCUUUUUUGUGAUUGACUCCACUGGUGAAUAUGCAUGCAGUCUCCCUGUCAUUGAAUCAAUUGUCCUUCACAAUGGUGGCAUCAUCAUCCGCUGGCCACAUGAAACAAAAUAAAGGAGCGUGCAGUGAUUCAAUUUUACUGUACUGAAGGUGUGAGUUACAGAAAUUCAUCAGAGACUGUCAGCACAGUACAGCAACAGUGUUUUGUCACAGCAAAGGAUAUGCAGAGUGUAAUGGACCAAACCUGUUAAGGUUCUCCGUGGACACUAUUGUCCUCUUUAGUCAUUUCGGAAGCAAUGACUGGUUUAGUAAUUAGUAUCUGGACAGAAGACAA